GCUGGAGUGCAGUGGCUGGAGUGAUCUCGGCUCACUGCAACUUCCACCUCCCAGGUUCAAGCGAUUCUCCUGCCUCAGCCUCCAGAGUAGCUGGGACUACAGUAGAACUUCAUGGAGGAACACGGAGUGACCCAAACUGAACAUAUGGCUACCAUAGAAGCACAUGCAGUGGCCCAGCAAGUACAGCAGGUCCAUGUGGCUACUUACACUGAGCACAGUAUGCUGAGUGCUGAUGAAGACUCGCCUUCUUCUCCUGAGGACACCUCUUAUGAUGACUCAGAUAUACUCAACUCCACAGCAGCUGAUGAGGUGACAGCUCAUCUGGCUGCUGCAGGUCCUGUGGGAAUGGCCGCUGCUGCUGCUGUGGCAACAGGAAAGAAACGGAAACGGCCUCAUGUAUUUGAGUCUAAUCCAUCUAUCCGGAAGAGGCAACAAACACGUUUGCUUCGGAAACUUCGAGCCACAUUAGAUGAAUAUACUACUCGCGUGGGACAGCAAGCUAUUGUCCUCUGUAUCUCACCCUCCAAACCUAACCCUGUCUUUAAAGUGUUUGGUGCAGCACCUUUGGAGAAUGUGGUGCGUAAGUACAAGAGCAUGAUCCUGGAAGACCUGGAGUCUGCUCUGGCAGAACACGCCCCUGCGCCACAGGAGGUUAAUUCAGAACUGCCGCCUCUCACCAUCGACGGAAUUCCAGUCUCUGUGGACAAAAUGACCCAGGCCCAGCUUCGGGCAUUUAUCCCAGAGAUGCUCAAGUACUCCACAGGUCGGGGAAAACCAGGCUGGGGGAAAGAAAGCUGCAAGCCCAUCUGGUGGCCUGAAGAUAUCCCCUGGGCAAAUGUCCGGAGUGAUGUCCGCACAGAAGAACAAAAGCAGAGGGUUUCAUGGACCCAGGCACUACGGACCAUAGUUAAAAACUGUUAUAAACAGCAUGGGCGGGAAGACCUUUUGUAUGCCUUUGAGGAUCAGCAAACGCAAACGCAGGCCACAGCCACACACAGUAUUGCUCAUCUCGUACCGUCACAGACUGUCGUCCAGACCUUUAGUAACCCUGAUGGCACUGUCUCACUUAUCCAGGUUGGUACGGGGGCAACAGUAGCCACAUUGGCUGAUGCUUCAGAAUUGCCAACCACAGUCACUGUUGCCCAAGUGAAUUAUUCUGCCGUGGCUGAUGGAGAGGUGGAACAAAAUUGGGCCACGUUACAGGGAGGUGAGAUGACCAUCCAGACGACGCAAGCAUCAGAGGCCACCCAGGCGGUGGCAUCAUUGGCAGAGGCCGCAGUGGCAGCUUCUCAGGAGAUGCAGCAGGGAGCUACAGUCACCAUGGCGCUUAACAGCGAAGCUGCCGCCCAUGCUGUCGCCACCCUGGCUGAGGCCACCUUACAAGGUGGGGGACAGAUCGUCUUGUCUGGGGAAACCGCAGCAGCCGUCGGAGCACUUACUGGAGUCCAAGAUGCUAAUGGCCUGGUUAUGGCACAUCGUGGUGAUUUCAGCUCACUCCUGACUGACAAAGCCACAGGCCUGGUCCAGAUCCCUGUGAGCAUGUACCAGACUGUGGUGACCAGCCUCGCCCAGGGCAACGGACCAGUGCAGGUGGCCAUGGCCCCUGUGACCACCAGGAUAUCAGACAGCGCAGUCACCAUGGACGGCCAAGCUGUGGAGGUGGUGACAUUGGAACAGUGACAUACAGCCAUAUUAUGGCAUUGUUUUCUAGUCUACUUCAAAAUUUUUUACACGUUUGCAGAGGUGCAAUCAAAUGGAAUUAAGUCUCUCGACUUUGGAAGAAAAGUUUUGUUAACCUUUUUUUUUUUAAAAGGAAGAAAGGCAGCGGAUUUUGGAAUUGCAUUUUUUAAAGCACCACUCUUGAUUUUCUGGGAUUGGUGGAGUAAGAAACUGCGUUGUCAAUUUCACUGUCCCAAAAAAGCCAAAUUGUGGCAGGACUUCUUUCUGCGGAAAUGUGUGUGUAUACUUAUGUGUGUGUAUGUGUGAGUGUGAAUAUAUGUAUAUGUGUACAUAUGGACAUACACAUUUACAUAUAUAUAAAGUAUAUAUAUACAUAUAUAUAUAUGUAUGAAACCCGCAUGGAAUUAUCUGUAUGAAAUCAAGGUGAGCUGUGGAAACAAUAAUUCACCCAGUUUAGUGGGUGGUAGGGUACGUGGCCAGACACAGUCACCCAGUUUUUGUUCAUACCAGGGUCAUGCGUUGAGCUACUGACAAACUCAGGCGGAGGUGACCAUGCCCUUCACCAAAGCUGCCUCCCAGUGGCCACACAGAACUCUCCGUGCUGGACUCACCUGAGGAAAGAGGCUCCAGCGUGGGGUGGGUCAGAGAUGUGUUUGCAAGGUCCAGGGGCUGCGUGGUCUGCCAGCUGAGACGCUCCUCGGGCUGGCCCAGGUGCUGACCUUGCCACAGGCAGAUGAAUGUCUCGAAAGCUCCCGGGCCUCAGCCUCCCAUCUCCUCUCCUUCCCAGGAAUCCUUGAUCUCAUGACUAUUAAAAUGUUGCUCUGGUUUUAAGGUCAGUCCUGAAUUGCUCGUAUAUAUGAACUGAAGGUAACAGAAGUAUUAGGGGUUUGAGGAGUGCGUGCGUGUAAGUGUGCUUGUAUGUGUGCGUGCAUGGUAGGGGAGGGGAUGGGAAGGGGGUUGGAGGGGUUGGAAGGGAAAGGAAGGAAAGGAAAAUCUUCCUAGACCAGGAUACACCUGUGGGAGCAAUUUUCUCUAGCUGUCUGUAGCUUCACAGAGGAGGCGCUGGAACGAACAGGAAGGGACACCUGGUCUGUGGCCACAGCACCCUGAACGUCCACGAUCUUGUGUGAUCUUGGAAGCUAAGCUUGGUUGGGCCUGGUCAGUACACGGAAGGGAAGAAGGGACACCUGGCCAUAGAAAACGGCUGAGGGUGUUUGCUGUGUUCCUGGAUCAGGCCCUGCUUCAGAAGGGACUCCUGGAGGCCCAUAUUCCUGGAUGCAGCCUGGAGGCCCAGGCUGGGAGCAGCUUGCCUCUUCAGAGGUGUUGACUGACUGGGUGUUCUUGAUAACCGUUAACUCUGUCUUUCCCAGCUGCAAGCCCUGAGUCUCCCAUGGCUGAAUUCACCUGACUUUUCGACAGGUCAAAUCUCUGCUCCUUGAGUACAGGAACAGCUCCUCCUCCCUCCUCCCAGCUCUCCCCACGUGUGUGAUAGUGUAUUUAAUGUGUUUUUUUAAUGCGACAUUAAAAGAUUCUCCACGUCUUGCUCAACCUUUGAGAGAAGUUUCAGAUUCUUGUAUUUGCUUGUUUUAUAUAAAACUAUCUAAUGUUCUUUAUAUGUUCUUUUCUGUGCGUAAUGGGGGGAGGGGAGGGAAAUUUACAUAUAAAUAGUCCUAGUUCUACAAUGUGUUAUUUUUUUAAUUAUUAUUUUUUAUCGUCAUUGUGAAGUUGUCCAGGGACUUUAAAGUCCAUGUUCCUUUGUGGUGAAAUAACCUCCAAAUAGUUUGAGAAGUUGCCAAGACGAAGAAAAAAGCGAAACCCCAGUAGCAGAGCAUGGAUUCUAUGUUGUUUCCCAUUCUGUCUUUGACUGCCUCAUUCAAUAAAUAGUUCAAAAUGUGGCAACGGGAA